AUGAUUACGAGUUGUGUUUUACAGUCCUUUUUCCUUUUCUUUUUUCAAUUUCUUCUUUCUUUCUUUCUUUUCCAUUUCUUCUUUCUUUCUUUCUUUUCCAUUUCUUCUUUCUUUCUUCUUUUUCUAUUUUCUUUUCCAUUUCUUUUUCUUCUUCUUUCUUUCUUUUCCAUUUCUUCUUUCUUUCUUUUUUUCUUUCUUUUACAUUUCUUCUUUUUUCUAUUUUCUUUUCCAUUUCUUUUUCUUCUUCUUCUUCUUCUUCUUCUUUUCUUUCUUUCUUUCUUUCUUUCUUUCUUUUUCAUUUCUUCUUUUUUCUAUUUUCUUUCUUUUCCAUUUCUUUUUCUUCUUUUUUCUUCUUUCCAAUUUCUUCUUUCACUUCCCACUUUCUUUAUUUUCCUUUUCUUCUUCAUCCCAUUUUCUUUCUUUUCCAUUUCUUUUUCUUCUUCUUUCCCAUUUCUUCUUCCUCUUCCCAUUUUCUUUCUUUUUCAUUUUUUCUUCUUCUUCUUCCCAUUUUCUUUCUUUACUAUUUUUCUUCCUCUUUCUUUUUCAUUUCUUCUUCUUCUUCCCAUUUUCUUUCUUUACUAUUUUUCUUCCUCUUUCUUUUUCAUUUCUUCUUCUUCUUCCCAUUUUCUUUCUUUACUAUUUUUCUUCCUCUUUCUUUUUCAUUUCUUCUUCUUCUUCCCAUUUCUUUCUUUACUAUUUUUCUUCCUCUUUCUUUUUCAUUUCUUCUUCUUCCAUUUUUCUUCUUUGUAUCCGUUUUUUUAUGCUGGUUCUUUCCUUUUCCGCUCUUAG